UUGCAGAGUGAGCAAGAUGAAAAUUAUAGUCAUUUAGGUCAGCCAGAAGUGAUAAAGACAAAAAAUGGCAUAUUUUGGUAUGGCGGGGAGAGUAAUGCAUAUAAACCUUUAAAAGAACCAAGCCCUAUAAACAAUUUAGGUGAUCAGCAGGCACCGGAUAAUUACCAACAGGAUGACAUAGGUGAUCAGCAGGCACUGGAUAAUAAUCAACAGGAUGACAUAGGUGGUCAGCAGGCACUGGAUAAUAAUCAACACAUAGGUAUGAUCAGUCUCAUAACUCUCAAAUAUAAACAGAUCACUACUCGGAUUUUCAAUGAUACUAAGAAGUCAAAAGGAGAGAGGGAAAGAAAGAAAAAGCUAGAAAAAGAAAAAAAGGAGGAGGAAGAAGCUGAAGAAAGGAGGAAAGAAGAACAACGCUACAAGGAGAGAGAAGAAGAAAGAAGGAAGAAGAAAGAAGAGAGUGAUAAACUUAUCCUUGAGCUGGAACUAGAGAAUCAGAAAAUUGUAGAACAGAGACGAUUAAGGUUGGAAGAAUUGAAGAAAGAUGCUGAGAGAAUUAGAAAAGAAAAUGAGCAACGCGAAAAUGAAAAUGUUAAAGUCAAGGCUUCACUUCUAAGGAAAAUUAAGUUUGAGGCUUUUAUGAAAGACAUUGAAGAUGCCAGAAUUAAAGUUGAAGAAAAAAAAAUCAAUGACCAGAAGAAACAUGUUUUAGAAAAACAGCAACAGGUAGAGUUGAGACAGAAGAUCCAUGAAGAAGAGUGGAUGAAGAAAGAAAAAGAGUGGAUGAAGAAAAAAAAAGAGUUGAUGAAACAGGAAAAAGAGUUGAUGGAAAUUAUGAAGUUUAAAAAAUUAAGAGAAGAACUGGAAUUAGCAAAGGAUAAAGAAGAGAAAGAAAGAGCACUGGCGGAAACUGAAAGGAUGAUUAUUAGACCUGAGAAGAAAACUGUUUAUCAAAUAGAAGAUCAAAACAGGAAAUGGCAACAAAUGCAAGAGGAGCACGAUAAAAAAAUGUCGGAUAGAAAACAGAAAUAUGAAAACUGGCGUGAAGAGCAUCAAAGGGAACAAGAGCAUCAGAAAGAAGAAUUACAGAAGCUAGAGUUGUUACAAAUGAAAGCAGCCAGAUGGCGUUCUUUCUGGACUAUAUGUUCACUUUGUGGAAUUCUCCUUACCAUCAUGAUGUUUAUUCUUCUGCCAAUUGUUGAAAUUCAAAUUGAGGGUUUAGAUGAGAUGUUUGAGACGUUUCUUAACAUAGUUUUCCCCCCUCAAGAGCUGGUUCCUAAAAAAUUCAGACUAGAGCAUAAAACUGAUCUCUAAACUCUGAACUCAACAUUUUGAAGAAAAAAAAUCAUUACGUUUGAAGGUUAAAAUAAGAAUAUUGUUAUUUAGAAAGACCAAUCUUUUUUUACAUAUUAACUGAUUUAUCAAAGAUUUAAUAGAAAACCGACUUAAAAAAGGCACUAUCUCCUGCAAUUAGCCUAAAACUGUCUACGUAAAGUUAUACUUUGUUUUUCACGCCACUUUAAAAAUGCAUGAUUUUCCUUAAGAAUUGAAAGGGCCUCUAUGUAUUUGUUUUAUUUGUGAAAUUUUUAAAACAUUCAUUAUAUUAUGUUGUUAUUAGUUUUUUUACAUCAUAAAUUUAAUAAAUAUUAUUUUAUGAUUACAACUCGCCGAUAUGCUGAUAAAAUAAUAUACAUCA